CCCGCACCCUCUUUGCAGGAGUGGGACAGCCUGGGGUGGGCCCCUGGGACAGGAUGCUCUGCAGGGCCUGGUGGGUAACAGGGUUGGAGGUCACAGCUGGGCAGAACACUGUUUUGUACUCCAGGUGGGAGCACACGGGGCACCCUGAGCAGUGGCACCUCCGACUCCGGGAGAGGAGAGGGCAGGUGUCUGGGCCCAGCCAUGGGCAGCACCUGCCAGUGAAGGAGGACCCCCUCCCCCCCCAGCACCCUCGAGGCUACAGGGUUGGGGGCAGGGCCCCAGCACAGCAGGUGCUGGUCGGGGGAGCAGUGCUAGGUUCUUCGGGAAAAGCUCUUACAGAAACAGGAACAGUUGGCAGUUCUCGGGCCAGAUCGUGUCUAGGGCUUCUGCAGGUUUGCACCAGCCACGGAGAGUGAAGUCCCUCCGCCGCCCACAUACUAUGGCGAGGGGCCUGGGUCUGAGCCCAGCCAGCCCGUGGGCACCUGGGGCCGCCGUCCUGUCAGGAUCCCCGUGGGCUGGAGGCCGCUGCCCACCAGCGCCCAGGAACGACAGGCCCGCAGCACCCACUCACCUCGCCGGGGAGGGCGAAGGGUCCCGCCCGCCAGAGGAGGAACCUGCGCUCCUGCACCCCUGGCCCGUCCGUCCUCUGGGCCCGGCGCCCUGCCCGGUGGGACCGCCGCUGGGACACACUCGUUUACCGAGUGUCCGCUGAGCUCGCGGUCCGGCGGGGGAUCCGCUGUGCCCCGCACCGGCUUCGCGGUAGACGGGCCCCGCCCGGCCGGUGUUAGCAGAGGCGGCGGCGACUGAAUCAAGGCCCGCCCCGCGCGUCACGGCCGAGGCCGGUGGGCGGAGCCGGCUCCCGGCGGAAGCGCUUUGCUGGGGGAGAGGCCGAGCUGAGCGGUGGGCGCCGGGGACCGCUGGGGACCGACAGGAUGGGCAGCAGCUCGCUGUCCGAGGACUACCGCCAGUGCCUGGAGCGCGAGCUGCGGCGCGGGCGCGCGGGCGUGUGCGGGGACCCGUCGCUGCGCGCGGUGCUCUGGCAGAUCCUGGUGGAGGACUUCGACCUGCACGGGGCGCUGCAGGACGACGCGCUGGCGCUGCUCACCGACGGCCUGUGGGGCCGCGCCGACCUGGCCCCCGCGCUGCGCGGCCUGGCCCGCGCUUUCGAGCUGCUGGAGCUGGCGGCCGUGCACCUGUACCUGCUGCCCUGGAGGAAGGAGUUCACCACCAUCAAGACGUUCUCAGGGGGCUACGUGCACGUGCUGAAGGGUGCGCUGUCCGAGGACCUCCUCAUCCAGAGCUUCCAGAAGAUGGGCUACGUGCCCAGGGACGACCACUGCCUCACGGUGACCGCCCUGCCCCCCGCCCACCAGCUGGUGCAGGUGGCCCUGGGCUGCUUCGCCCUGCGGCUCGAGUGUGAGAUCCUGGGCGAGGUGCUGGCACAGCUGGGUACCAGUGUGCUGCCGGCCGAGGAGCUGCUGCAGGCACGGAGGGCCAGUGGGGACGUGGCCUCCUGCGUGGCCUGGCUGCAGCAGCGGCUGGCCCGGCAAGAGGAGCCGCCGCCCCUGCCCCCCCGGGGCUCCCCUGCCGUCUUCCGGGCCCAGCUGGACCUGUACCGGGACCUGCAGGAGGAUUCGGACUCGGACUCGGACGACGCCAGCCUGUACGGAGGGCCCUCUCCAGGCCCAGGCUCCCCCUCCGUGGAGCCGGCCUACCGGCCUCUGCCUUGGGAGCAGAGUGCCAAACUGUGGGGCCCUCAGGGGGAGGCCUGGGAGCCCAUGGAGGAGGGGGAGGCACUGCAGCGGGUCAGCAGUCCCCCCCGCAGUCCGCCCUACGGGGCCCUGGAGGAGGAAGAGCCGGAGCCCGAGGCCUUCUCUUUCCUUUCCCUGCGCAGAGAGCUGCUGAGUCGGCCCGGGGACCUGGGUGCUCCCCAAGCCCCUGGGAGCCCCAGCCCCCAGCACGUGCAGAGGCCCAUCGCCGAGCCCCCUGGCUACCAGGUGCACAGCUGCCUGGCCCCUGGUGUCCUGCCCACGCGCUGCUGCGACACAUGCCGCCAGCUGCACACUGCCCACUGCGCGGCCCUGCCCGCCUGCCGUCUGGGCCACGAGCUCCGCGCACUGCUUGGCGACGCCCACCAGCGCCUGUGGCUGCAGCGCGCAGAGAUGGACACCCUGCUCUACGACAGCCCUGGGGCCCGGCCUUAGGCCCAGCCAGGCCCCUGGUCAAGGGCUUCCCCAGUGUUUCCGUGGUGCUUCUCUGCCCUUGUCCCUUCUCAGCCUCGGCCACUGCUGCCCUGGACAGAAGAGCCCAGGCUCCACAGGUGGACGGGGUCUUGCCUUCCAUGCAAAGUUCCUCUUACCCAGACCCACCCUCAGACGCACGUCCGCGCGUGCUGCGUGGAAGGGUCUAGGC